AUGUUUUCCGUACCAAUUGUUCCACCAGAUUUACGUCAUGAGGAGACCAUUAUCCAGGCCGCAUAUGCCUUGGAUAGCCUUCAAAAAGUUAUCAAUAAUAUAUUUCUACGAAUUGACAAUCGAUUAGAAAAAAAUAACACCAAGGUGGAGGAAUUACAAAAUCGUAUUAAAAAAUCCCAGGAAAAAAUUAAAAAUUUACAAAAUACUCGCAAGGCAAUACAUAUUUAUGCGCCAGCACGAUUUCCGGCCACUCAUAUUUUUGAAAAAAUUCCGGUAACUUUUACGAAGGAACCAAACGACAAUAAUUUCGAUGAACAACACACCUCUAGCUAUGAAGUAAAAUCCAAAAUUGAUUCAAGUUUGCCAAAUACAAAUGAAAAAUUAGUAUUUUUCCACGUACGAGAAAAUCCGAAAAAUGUUCCAGAUAACAGUCUGACCAGGGAGAGAUUGAAGAUAAGACAAACACAAGAUUUGGGUACAAUGCCAAAUGAAUUGAAAUCGGUAUCUUCGGUGCUGUUGUUUAACAGCGAUUAUUCCCCAUAUAAUCUGACGGAAGGUGAUGCCGAUGAAAGUGAUAAUUGGAAGCGGGCCAGGUUGUUUAAAAAUAAACGUAAUCAAAAGGCGGCGAACAGCAGUGCACAAGGGACAACGGCAAAACAAAUUCCAGAUCCUGCUCCACAUUCAUUGGCCCAUCGAAAUGAGAAACUAACACCAUCUGGUGGUCUGAAAUAUACACCCAAGUUGAGUGAAGCUCCAGAGCUAGAUUUGCCUUGGGAUCUGCCUGAUCUACCGGGUAUUGCUGAUGAUUUGCGUUAUGAGAGCCAGGAAGCCAAACAAAAAAUAGCCCCCUCUUUGGAAAUGGUGGUAGAAACUCUACCCGAUUUGGAUGAUUUAAUAAAGGAUAGCUCUAAAGAUAAAGCUGAUGAAAACUCAACCAAGAAGGCGUUAUCUCACGGACCUGCCCAAGAAACCAUUUCACAAACAGCUACACCUCCACCACCUCCUCCUCCGCCCCCACCAAUUGCUGCAAACUCCAAUACACCACCACCUCCUCCACCACCAUCAGCAUCUGCUGCUCCGGCUCAAUUACCAAAACUCCCAGCAUCAUCGGAUACCCGAUCUGAACUAAUGGCAGCCAUCCGCAAAGCUGGUGGUUUAGGUAAAGCUCCACUAAAACGGGCAGCAGCACCAUUAAGCAACAAUCAGAACAACAACAACUUUGUCGAUAAUCAAAAUUCUGCGGAAAAUAAUGAAAACCGGAAAACCAACAUAAAACCACUUGGUGGGGAUCUAAUGGCCGAUUUACAUAAUAAACUAAUGAUGCGACGUAAAGGUAUAUCCGGCACUAAAGAUAAUACAACAGAUAAUGCAGCAGCAUCCAGCAGUAUUUCGGGAAAUCCGGUAAUUUCUCGACUUUCGUCUCUCAUACCACCACCACCAGUGGGAAGGACUAAAAAUGCAUCGGAAGAAGAUGACGAUUCGAAUGAUACCGAUUGGGUUGAUUGA